GGAAGAACUCCUGCAAUGUGUCUGCAAAGUUUGAUUUCGCAAUACUCAACAGUCAGCCUCACUCACAGUGUUAACUGACUUUGCAGCCAUAAGCCAUGUCUGAUGAGGGUAAAUGUAUAAUUGUGUUAUUUGGUGGUGGCUUCCUGGUCGUAGGUGGUCUCCUCGUCAUUCUGCUGCCUAUGAGCUUCAGUGGCCUGGAAUAUUAUGAGUAUGGUUUUGUUAAACAAAAGAGCACUGGGACAGUAAAUCUGGAUUCUGUAUAUGCUUUGGGGAAACACUUCUUAGGACCGGACUAUGAAUUUAAGGUGUUCCAAGCUGAUGCCCAUCACUUGACCCUGAAGAGGAUCAAAGCUUUUACUUCCGACAGACUGGAGGUACAGGUAACUGUUCAUCUGCAGUAUUUCUUGAGGAAAGAGGACCUGCCUGCUCUCCACAGACGGUUUGAUGUGUUUUAUGAAGACAUCAUGAGGAGUAGUGCUAUAGAUGCCGUAAAAGGUGCUGUUACUAUAUAUACCAAGUGGGAGCUGAUCUCAGAGCGAGUUAAAGUGGAGGAGGAUUUGUACAAAGCGGUCAGGGAACGUCUGGGGGGUACCUGCUGCCAGGAUGACUGCAAAGCCUGGAGAUUUGCCUGUGCCCCUGGUUGUAAGAGGAAGGAUCUGUGUACAGAGGACCACAAAGGGGUGUUUGCUGAUGUCAGGUUCUUCCAGAUGGGUGAAGUGUACAUCCCCCGAGAUGUGGAGGAAACCUUCCUCAGGCAGCUUACUCUGAAGGAAGACUCAGAGCGAGAGAAACUCCUACAGAAAGCUCAGUUAGAAAGAAAGAUCACAUCCAAAAAGGUCCAGAAGUAUAAGAAUGAAGCCCAGGAGGCAAGAGAGGUAGGCCAGGCCGAGUCUAACCUGAUCAAAAUCACAUCCAGUGCUAACUACACGGUCACUAUAGAGGGCGCCCGCAGUCGAGGCCUGACUACCCUGUACCGAGACCUGGGAAUCACGAACCAGAUCCAUAAAAACAGCUUUGACUAUUUACGUACGCUUAGAGGACUCGACAAUGUCUGGUUAACUGUGGAUUUCAACCAAAGGAUUGUGGGUAGUUUUGGCAAUAAUUAAAGUUUUUUUUUUACCCAUUUUUAAAUAUUUUUAAAGGAUUGAAGUUUGUUGAUUAGAGUGCUUCUGGUGAUGCCUUUUAUGUAGACAUUUUUAGAUGAAACCUGAGUUGUAAAAACAUACAUUGUUUAGCCCUGUAUUUUUGAGAUGUAUUUUACACUAGGUACUGUGUAAACAUUAUACAACAGAAGCAGUGCAGUAAUUUUUCUACAUUUUUUUUCAGGCAAUUCAUUCAGAAUUGCUCUGAAUAAGAUAUUUUUAUGAGCUAAAAAAAUAAACUCCCCAAUAUAAUGUAUUAUAAGACUUGAACAAAAACUGAACCUUUCAUUUAUUUGACAUGGACUUGCACCAUCCAGUUGAUUUAUUAAUAAAGUUUUUUUUUGUAUACUUUUGUAUAUAUUUAAGAUUGUAUCUUUUGAUACAUGUAUUUGAUUAUAUCUUAAUAUAUACCAUUUUAUUUUAUUCCAAAGCAUUUGUUUCACAUUUUUUAGAUUUAAAUUUAUUUAUAUUAGAUGUUUUUGUAGAGUCUCAAUGAAAUGUAAAGUGUGAUUCAGUGAACAUAUUCAAUUAUUAAUGUCUUUAUUUCAAAUAUUUUGUAUUUGUUGGCCUAGCCUUGAUUGAUGUAAUUUGGCCUUGCCUUAAGUUGAUUGACGUAUUUUUUUUAAGUUGACCCCUUCAUUAUUAAGUAUUACGAGUCCUUGUACUUUAAUAUACAACCUAUUGAUCAUACUUUACAUUUACUUUUAUAUCCUUUAUUAGCUCACCUGAGCCGAAG